GCACGACCACGGCCAAUUGAUUUGUGCACGGCCACUCAAUUAAAAAGUCCAUCACGACUGGGCUGCUACGGAAAUCACGCUUUAAUUGUUUCCAUCAACAGCACAUCGCCAUCAUGUCGAGGUGCACCGCCGUGGCCAGGCCGCUCGCCCGCCAAUGGCAGCAACAACAGCAGUCCAUCGCCAUGCGAUGCUUUUCCACAUCGUCGAUAUCACGAAUGCCCGACCAAGCUGCCUCAGCUCCCGCUACCGAUGCUGCUCCCAAGUCGACAAACCCGCUGGAUCUCGAUCCCAACACCGUCUCGCGCGAGUUUGAGCCCCAGCUGAUCCAGUCCGGCCAGAUGCCCCUCGGCUCCCGUCGCCGUCGCGCCGCUCUUCGCUCCUCUGCAGGCCUCCCCUUUGAGCAGCUACCCUUCCAGGCCUUCCAGGAGGCACGCAAGAUUCUGGCUGCUGAUCGCGAGCAGAAGCUGCUUAGCUUGAAGAAGACCAUGGAGAAGAUGGCUGCGCUGGAGCUUCAGGACCCUAAGGACCCCAAGGAGAUGGAGCGUAAAAACGGCCAGCUCGCCAGCUUGAAGACGUACGCGGAUAAGCUCGUCAUCUUGGCUGACAUUAACGACCCAUUGGUCAAGAUGCGAUCUGAGGAUGGAUCCGGUGAUAUGAAUAAGCCCAUCUACCGACACCUUGCCGAGAAGAAGUGGCGCGGCUACGACCACCGCCUUCUUACCCAGCGUAUUGAACAGUUCAACAUUGUUCCCGAUAUCCUCCCCAAAUUCGAACCCUCAGCCCAAGUACAGCUCUUCUUCCGAACGAAAAAGGUCCAGCCUGGCGAGAUCAUUGAUAGUUUGGUCUCGGAGAACUGCCCUAGACUCCGUGUCCAAGUCUUUGACGAGGGUGCCAGAAUGGUCUCCGUUGUUGUUAUGGAUGCCGAUGUUCCCAACGUCGAGCAAAACACAUUCAGCAAGCGCUGCCACUACAUCGCCGCCAACAUCCCUCUCGAUCCCACGACAUCGUCCGUCCCCCUCAGCCUGAUCAAGGCUGAGGACCAGCUUGCCGUUCCCUGGCUCGCCCCUGUCUCGCAAAAGGGUGCUCCCUACCACCGUCUCGCCGUCUUUGUCCUAGAGCAGAAGCCCGGCGAGAAGGUCGACGUGGCCAAGCUCAAGGAGCUUUACACAGCCCGCGACAACUUCUCGCUCAAGUCGAUGCGCGACAAGUUCGGCCUCAAGCCCAUUGGCUUCAACAUGUUCCGUUCUGUCUGGGAUGAGAACACGGCUGAUGUCAUGGCCCGCCACAGCCUGCCUGGCGCCGAUGUCGAGUUGCGCCCUACAAGAGUGUACAGCAUGCGCCAGCCUGUCCGCCCCAAGGGUUGGGAAGCCAAGCGCCAGGGUCCCAAGUACCGCCACCUUUGGAAGUACACCAAGCGUAUCAAGGGUGUCAGCAGCUCCAAGGGAUGGAUCAAGAGAAGAUGAUUGGUCUACGGAAGCCGCUAGCCAGUCAGAAAAAGGAGAUGGAGAAACAGCAUCAACAGCAAAUGUAUGGAUAUCCCACUUGUAUUAUAGGAGGCUUUGUAGCAAUAGGACUCAAAAAGCAAUGUCGCAUUACGCAAGCUUUCAUUCUAGCUAUUAUUUAUCAAUUGUAUUUUAUUUUCAUCAUCUGCAUUUUCCUUCCUCUGCAAAUUGUUCAUUAAAGCGUAUACAAUCUAUUUGAUUUGUCUGUAUAGUAGCACCGCCAUCUGUUCACUUCUUCAAUCACCUGACACCGCGCUGCCGC